AUGGCGACCGCAACAUCCAACCACUACAGCGUCCUCACCACCCCCAGCAGCGCGCCGCCGCCGCACUCGGAGUCCGGGAGCAUGCAGCAGGCGGCAGCGUACAGGGACGCGCACACCCUGCUCCAGAACGACUAUAGCACGUUACCGGGCGGUGGACAUCCGCUCAGCCACGCGCACCAGUGGAUAACGGCGCUGUCUCACGGUGACAGCGGGGCGCCCUGGCCAUCUAGUCCCAUCGGAGAACAGGACGUGAAGCCCGUACUGCACGACAGUGACCGAGAGGAGCUGCAGAAUUCCAGCAGUCUGCAGCAACAGCAGCAGCAACAGCGACACCCUCACCUAGCGCACCAGCAGGCGCAUCACGACGCCAGAGCAUGGCGAACCAGCACAGCCACCACGCACAUCCCCGGUAUGGCGACAUCUGAGGGCCAGAGCCUGGUGUAUUCCCAGUCCGGCUUCGGUCUGAUGCCAGGGGGAGAGCAAGGGGGGAUGCACCACCACCCCCUGCGGGACGAGGACCACCACAGCCACAGCCCGCACCUCAGUGAACACGGAGGCGGCCCUGGGGCCCACCAGCAGUCUCUCUCGCACCAUCACCAGCACGGCCAGGACCACUCAGACGAGGACACGCCGACCUCAGACGAGUUGGAGCAGUUCGCCAAGCAGUUCAAACAGCGACGCAUCAAGCUGGGCUUCACCCAGGCGGACGUUGGACUGGCCCUCGGGACGCUGUAUGGAAACGUCUUUUCUCAGACCACCAUUUGCAGGUUCGAGGCGCUUCAGCUCAGCUUCAAAAACAUGUGUAAACUCAAGCCCUUGUUGAACAAGUGGCUGGAGGAGGCGGACUCCACCUCGGGCAGCCCCACUAGUCUGGAUAAAAUCGCGGCACAGGGAAGGAAAAGGAAAAAGAGGACCUCCAUCGAGGUGGGCGUCAAAGGAGCUCUGGAGAGCCAUUUUCUCAAAUGUCCAAAGCCGGGAGCAGCGGAGAUCAACUCUCUAGCGGACAGUCUGCAGCUGGAGAAGGAGGUGGUGAGGGUUUGGUUUUGUAACAGGCGGCAGAAGGAGAAGAGGAUGACACCCGCUGGGGGACAGAUACCAGGAGGAGAGGACAUGUACGGGGACACCCCUCCUCACCACGGAGGACAAACUCCUGUGCAGUGA